AUGAAUCACUUGAGCGCUUUUUAUCAUAAGCAGAAAAGAUCGAUUGAAGCUAAGGCAAUGUGCCAGCGUGUGCUCGAGGAGAGCAAACUAUCGCUGGGAGAGAAACAUUCGCACACUCUUGGCACAGUCAACAAUCUAGGCAUGCUUCGUGCAAGUCUCGGCAAGUGGGACGAAGCAGAAGAGUUAUAUAAAUCCGCAUUGCAAGGGUUUGACAGCACCAUUGGAGUUGAGCAGGCAGCUACAUAUCGACCAGCAUUGCACACUCUCUGGAACCUUGGCGAUCUCUACCGAGAGCAAGGAGAUUUGCACGAAGCGGAAAAAGUGUAUUCUAAGACGCUGUAUGGCUUUCAGUCUCUAUUUGGGACGGAUCAUGCUAUGGUCCAGAGCAUUACACGGCGCUUACUCUUACUUAGAUUUGCUGAUUCCUAUGGAGUGGCAGCUGUGAGCGUUGCGAAUGCAUAUGAAAAUCCAAAUAAGUCAAUGGCGGACUAG